UCAAGAGAAAUUACGAAUAAUUAUAAUUGUUUUAGGUCGAAGGAAACGGUUGGAGCUCGCUAGGAAAAAAUUGUGUUGGUCGCAAGCCUGUAUUUCUGUCUAGAAAUGUUAGACAGUCGAGAAAACACUCCGGAAGAACGAUGAAACUACGGAAUAACCCCGAUAAAAAUUCUGAGAGCUCGACUGAAGGUGGAAAGGGUGAACAAGAGAUGGACGUUGACAAUGAUAUAUUGAAAGGGUCAGCGACAUUAAGAAUGACAGGGACAAAUGACAAUGAUGAUAUGAUCGCAUUGGAUGAGACUCAAUGUACAUUUAAUCCCAAUCGUUAUCAUAUGCUUUAUGUCGUGAGUAAAGAGGCCUUUCUUUACAAACAAAACGCGUUCACGCGAGCUAAAGAGUCUCAUUUAACCGUAACAAAGAAUUUAAACAACAAAUUUCACGGAUGGCUGCAGAAGUGGGUGUCGAAAAACGUCGGAGACGGACAGCAUCAGUCGUGUAUUGACUGGAUGAUGGGUCGAUAUGAAAAUUUAAUUCCCCACAGAACACGAGUGAUUGUUGAUAAUGAUCAGAGUCGAUCUCCAUAUCGGCCUUACAACCGAUAUAGAGUUGAGCGAUUAAACUCUGAAACGUCUACGUCGGAACAAACGACAUAGUUUUACGGAAAUUAGUUUCUUUGUUCGCUCGCGACAAUGAAACAGCAGCAGAUUGUUUUAAGAUGAACACAAACACUACUGUGAUUAUAUCAGUGUCUGGUACAAUUGAGUACACAGGUGCGUGUGUGUGCAGACAUUCUCCUUCCGAAGAUCUUGUUGGUCAUUUACUUCUCAUCAGUGUAAUAUCAAGAGUAAGAUAUGAUCUAUGAAACUGUAGAGACGUUGUAAAAGGCCUUGACUGAUAAAUAUGUCCCCUGAUUAUUAUUUACAACAUCUCGAAAAGCAAUACAGAUGGAAUUUCAAAAAUGUAGUUGAUUAAUUAAUUAAGUGAUUAAUAAUAAAAUUAUUUAUCUAUACUUUCCUUUAAAUGAUAAUAGGUAAAUAAAAUAAUGUAUAAGUCUAGUAAUAACAAUAACUUAUAUCUCUUAAACAUUUUUUAAUGUUAUUAAGGUCUUAAAUGCUCAAUUUAUGUAAAUGACAAAAUAUUUCCGAUUUUAUUAUACUAAUUAAUUUUUUUGUCAUUUAUCUGCAUUCCACUGUAGUAAAUUUUUUUUUCUUUUUAAUAUUAUAUAUACUUUUUUUUUUUUUUUUUUUUUUUAUAUUAAAAGUGAUUUUGUUUUUUUAAUUUUAAAUUUUCACAAUUCGGAAGCCAAAUUAUCUCGUUAUU